GAGAUUAAGAAUAAUAAAGGUUUUUAUAGGUACAUUUUACAUUCAAAACAAUCUGAAUGAGAUUGAUUUAAAAGACUGAGUCGACUGAUCACUGAUUGAAUGAACGAUGGAAAUAUCCUAUCGUAAAGAACGAAUGGGAGUAAAUGAAAGAGCAAAUACAUUGACCUCUAAGGGCGAGCGAGAAAAUAGGUAGAACAGUCAACAUACUUCAGAAACAAGAGCUCAAUUCGUUUGUAUGCGUUGUUAUUUUUUAAAAUAUUUCUUCGAUUAUAGUAUUAUUUAUACUUUUUAAAAUAUUACCAAAACAAUUUUGAUAUUUAUGGCAGUUCGUUUGAGUCUAAUUUGUCAUAAUAAAAGUAGUUUAAACAAGUUUCGGAGUAGGUCGAGUAGGCACUAGGCAUGAGGUUGAAUUUUGAUAUCGAUUCGUUCGCCGGCCGCUAGAGCGCACUCACGUCUAAUCUAAAUAUGGCGGCGCGAUCAAUGAAGUUGUAGUGAGUAGUGAAGUCUAGUGUAAAAAAUUGAAAUGAUUGAACUUUGUGUUAUAUUUGUGAGUGGUACUUACGAUUAAAUGGGCCAUGGGAAAAGGCCAGGAUUUAUUAGACGCGGCGCGUAAGGGUGACGAGCGGUGUGUUGAGAAAAUAUUAGGACAGAUAACUAAAAGGAGUGGUCCAUUUACAAGCUUAAGAAGAGGUGCUGGGGUCAAUGUUCAAGAUGAUAGCGGAUACACUCCACUUCACCACGCGUGUUUACAGGGUCACAAAGGGAUAGUUCAUCUCCUACUGUCCGUGGACGCGUCGCCAUGCGUGUCAAACGACAAGGGCGCUACGCCCCUCCACCUAGCAGCGUUCAAAGGCGACUCGUCUAUCGUAGCGAUGUUGCUGGCCCACAACAACCCGCCGGUCAACGUGAAUCACGUGACACUCGAAAACGAGACAGCUCUGCUCCUGGCCGCACAGUUCGGCUCUGUAGAUGUUGUCGCCCAGCUCAUAGCGAGGGGAGCUGACGUUACCAUAAGGAAUAUGAAGGACGAAAGUGCUCUGGACCUCGCAGCUCAGUAUGGAAGGUUGCCAACAGUCAAACAUUUGAUCAAAUACCAUCCAAUGUUGGUGCAUCCCUACAAAUUUCCGAAUUGGAGGGUAAGGAAGUUUUCUUCCACACCUCUCCACAGAGCAAGCAUGAAUGGACACAUAGAAGUUGUCCAAGUCCUCCUCGAGGCUGGAAUCGAUCCGAAUGUACGGACAAAUGCUGGAACGCCGCUCCACCAAGCGGCUUGCUUCGGUAAGGCAAACGUCGUUCGGUGCUUACUCGACGCUGGUGCUGAUCUAAACGCAGUAGACGGUAAAGACAAGACCGUCGAAGGUGUUCUCGCUGAUUAUCCCGAAGAAGCGACGAGGAAAGUCAGAAGGGUUAUAAGAGAAUACAAGAAAAGAACUAGAAAUACCUAUGAAAGCGAAGAUGAUGUACCUCCCUUCCCCGUACAAGAUAGCCCCACCGGGUACCCCCGCAUCCCCGUGAUGAAAGCUCCAGAGACCCAGAAAAAUAAUAACUUAUGUGAUAGCCUUUUAACACCAUCUUCAUCUUUUCUAACAAAAAAUCCACCUCAGAGUUUUGUUAAAAAGCUUGCUUCAAAAUGCUUGGGCCUCAAAGCAAAGUUUAACUCUGCUCCUAACAUAUCUAAUCCUGGGUUAGAGUCGAAUGUCGAUGGUAAACUUAAACAGUCGGAUUCUAAACUAAACUCGAACGCCUUACAUAUAGGAAAUAGUAAAUUUUUUAAAAUUUUGUCGAAAAAGGAGGAAUCAGGUGACAUUAUUUGUACAGACGAAUUUGACACAAUUUCAUUAGAUAGACUUGGCACUUUGAAUAGAGACUCUGCUGUUAACAGGAGUAAUAGGAGUUGUCCAGGAUUUAAAACUUCAUUACCGAAUAUAUCCGAAAAUAAUGAGCUUAGUGAUUCUCAUGAAUCUAUUAUCGAAAAUAUUAAUGCAUUAGAUAGCGAGGGUAAAAUAGAUAAAACACAAAUGACAGAAGCAAUUAACUAUGACACGAAACUUAGUAUAUUCGAACCUAGACGAUCAGGUAAUAGUAUAUCUAAUGUUUCUACAGAUUAUGCAAAUUUAGUUAACGAAUGUUAUGAAUCGUAUGAAUUUUCAUCUAAACUUUCCACGCAAAAAGAAUUAAGUGAAGAAAGCAUAAAAUCUAUUCCAAAACCACCUCCCAGAUCGAAUGUAAUUGUUUCACUAGAAAAUGAAGAUGCAAUUUAUGAGAAUAUCCUACCUGAAAAAAUUAAUUUAAGACAACCAACUCCUGCAGUUAGAACUCAUAUUCCACAGCCGGUUGAAAUUGAAAAAAAAAAUUUAUACGAAAAUGUAUUAAUAAAGCCUAAUAGAAAAGCACCCGAACCACCUAAAAGGUCAAUAUUGCCUUCAAAUGAUAUAUCUAAUCAAUCAUCUCCUAGUGAAAGUCGAUCUUCUACUUUGUCAUCGGAUUCUAUGAUCGAUGAAACUAAUUUGGAAGAUAUUUUAUUAUCGGAAAAAUCAAGGUCGUUUCGUCAUGGUAAAAUUGUUCUGCAUAGGGAAUCAAGUAAAUCUAGUAUAAACAGGACACAAUCAAAUGCAUCAGAUGUCUCAAACUUUACAGAGAUUAGUGCAAUUGAAAAUGUAGAUUGUAGUGACGAUUUGCAAGAAAAGUCGGUAUAUCUUACAAUGACAGGUACUCUACCGAACAAGAAAACAGAAAAGGUUAAGAAAAAAGUACUAUUCAGACAUAAGACAUUUACUAACAUUGAGGUAGAUAGAAGUUCUUUUAACACAAAAGAUUUUACACUACGGGGCAAUUCUUUUCUGAAAGAAUCCCUGGGCAAAUAUCACAUUCGUGGUACGGGUCAUUGUAUUUACAAAGCUCCGACAGUAAAAGAAUUUAUUAACAUUUUUAAUAGAGACAAUCUUUACAACGACGAAGAAUUAGUGCUAAAUCUUCCUAAUGAUAAAAGAGAUAGUUAUUUCGAAACAGCUAUAUGCUUUUGUAAACCGCGACCUCCGAAAUUCCAUAGUAGUGCCGAAGACUUACUAGAUAUGCAAAGUCACGAAGAAGAUAAAGUAACUAUAGAUUUCGAUGCAAUAAAAAGUAGAUUAGAAUUUGUUUCUUCAUCAUUUCGAUGUUUUUGUGAUUCCGGAAUGUGUCCUUUAAAUGCGAAUAAACGAGAUACGCCAUUGGAAUUAGUUAUUAAGUUUUCAGCAAUGAAGAAAAGUAUUUCAACUCCUGAUAUCACCUUAGAAUUUUCUCCUUCUUCGACAAUACAAAAGGGUUGUUUAAUUAAAAAUAAAUCAGUUCCUUCAAAUUUAGAAGAACCAUAUGCCGUUGUUACUAUACAAGAUGUUAUUAGGAAAAACGUAAAAAAAUAUAACUCAGAGUUAAAAGAUUUUGGUUUUGAUGAUUCUCCAUAUGUCGCAAUGUCUCCACAUUCUUCCAUGUCUUCAACAGACCGACCGUAUUCUAUAAAGGACAUAUCAGAAGUUAUUUCUUUAGGUACUAAUUCAACAUCGACUGACGCUAACACAUCUUGUGCUUCUGAUACUAUGCAAUUGUUACGAAAAUCGAGCUCCUCGGAACACUCCGGAAAUUGGUCAUUACAAUCUUGUAAUUCUAACAUAACAAUAGUAUCAGAUGCGUCGUUUAAGACGUGCUUGGAAGAAUCAUCUGAUGAUUCUGAUGGUACUUUACAUUCGGACGGGGAAAGUUCAGACGCGGAGACCGUAAAAUCCGACGUAAGUACGACAAAAAGACCGUGGGUUCACAGUAGUUCCUUUCGGUUCGGCAAUAACAAUAGAUUAAAAAAUGAUAUAAGUAAUGUUAUAGACGAGGAUGACAGUUUUGUGUCGGCAAAAUUCGAAUCCUCGUCUUCUAAAUUCGAGAGUGGUAUAAGUGUGGAUUCAGAGAGUUCUUCGUCCGAGUGUGAAGGGGAUAGUGGUGUUCCGGGGGAAGGUUAUGUGUCGCUUGAUGCUUCGCUUGAGCGGGGUUCGGGGGUGGUCGGGGGUGUUCGCAGCGGGUCGGGGCGACGGCGUUGGGAUGAAGCAGAAGGCACUAGCGAAGGCGACGCCAUCAGCGUAUCUAGCGCUGCGUCUAGCUGUGCCCCGCUGCAUUUAGCGCAUCACCAUGAAUACAGCAAAGUUUCGCCCACCCCUCCCAAGAAGCCCCCCAGAAGGAACUUGUCUGUGUCCCCUACCCACGUCAAUUCUCCAUCCUCUGGGUACAGCUAUGAGCUGAGAGCCCAUGCAAGGAGUCAGGACGACUUGGAUGAAAUACAGGGUGCUAAACUUUACCUCAAACACGGUAGAUCUGUCGACCAGUACGUCGACAGCAAGCUAUCCUACUCGGAGUACGAAGAAAACCAUAAUUCGCCUAGAGCUAUUCCCGUGCCAAAUCCUCGGCCGAGUCUCAGAAACCGCACACAGCCCGUUGCCAUCACGGCUAUGUAUGAAAAUGUCGUGAUAAAAGAACAGAAUCCCCGCAGGAAGCUGAGACGGAACACAUUUGGACCACAAUACGAAAAUAUCGAAGCCAGAAUGGCAGACAAGAGAGUAAGAAAAUACUCGAACCAAGAGAGAUCGUCCCUGGAGAGUUUAUUAGACGAUCAGUCCAUGAAUAGUCCGAGUGAAUGUGAACGGUAUUCUGAUGGCUCGAGGGCAGAUCUUCCACUGUCGCCGACGCACUACGAACAGCCCCCUACACCUGAUCAUCCGCCACCUUCAGCGAAACAAGCGGAAAACAGCAUCCACGAACGGAUCAGGCCAUUGAGUCAGGAAUACAAGAGAAGAUCUAUGUUACGGGAUAGUCAAACUGAAACCGAAGUUAUCCUGCUCCGCGCGCCGUCAGCUGUCUCCGUCGCGAGUGGUGCCACCGACCGCAGUGGCAACACCGACAACUGCGUGGAAGAAUAUGUCUGUGAUGUUCCUUUCGCUGGCCUCUUCAAAGGCUCAACUACGACCCUCGACGGGAUCGGUCUCCGGCCGAUGCCAGCCGAGCGACCGAAAACUUUGCGAAAGCUGAAGUCGGUAUACGACGCUUCGCCGACUGAGCAGAAUUUGAACAGCGUCAGCAGUAAUGGAACUGCCGAGAGGACCAAUGGCGUUGAAGAGGAAGUCAGGCGCAGGAGUAAUACGACCAGUUCCACGCAGAGCGGGGACAAGUCGCUUUCAAUACUUAGUCCAUUUGAUGAACAGGAGGAGUGGGCCAAGAUCUCGGAGAUAAUGGCUUCAUUUGGCAGCAAACUCGUCCGGGAAUCAGUCUUCGUGUCGGAACUCGAGCAAGAGUUCACAUCACGACUCGGUCUCAGCUGUUCUGAAUCAAGUCUGAGUCCGUCUGUGGCGUCGAGCUUAGGUGUCUGGUUAUCUGGACUUGGGAUGCACGAUUACGAACCUUUGUUCGUGGAGAGCGGUUACGACGACAUAGAUUUUAUCAAUGGGAUCCUAAACGAUAAUGACUUACGUGAAAUGGGUAUAGAAGAGAACGACAGACAGAAGAUACUCGAGUCAGCUACACAAUUACCUCUUAAAAUAACCGAAAUAAGCAAUAACCAUAACAAUAAUAAUAUAAGUAAAAACCAAAACGAGUCAGUGGAUGAUUGGCUUAGGACUAUUAAUUUAGAACUAUAUAGUGAUACAUUUAGGAAACAUUUAUACGUGGAUAUGGAUAGGGUGAGGAGGAUCUGGGAAGUCGAAUUGACUGCAGUUCUAGAAAUAAACAAGGCUGGACAUAGGAAAAGGAUAUUGUGUUCGGUGUCCGGUGAACAUAACGGGCCCGUUAAUAACAUCGAAGAAAUUAAUACUGAUCUCAAAAACUUGAAAAAUAAUAUUCAACAAUUAAAAGAGGAAAUCAAGGAAAAAUUACCUCCUUCAGAAAAUUUAAAACCUGUCCCACCCCCUGUGGUUCCUUCACUCGCACCCCCUGGUGGGGAGACUUUGAAACGGAGUAAGAAAAACAGACCCGCUCCUCAACCUCCUCGACCGUCAGAUCUGGAAAUCAGAGCGCCAUCUGAACUCCUCGUUGGAGUGCCUGGAGCUUUAAAAACGCAAUGGAAGCAUCAACCGUUUGUGUUAGUCACAGGCGCUGUGACUUAUGUUGCUAAUUAUCUUGGAUCAACUGUUGUGAAAGAACUAAGAGGGACAGAAUCUACCAAGAAGUCAAUCCAGAAGUUGAAGAAGUCUACCAAAGAACCUCGUGAUUCUCCUGAUAUUAUUCUUUCAAUAAGUUACCGAGGGGUCAAGUUCCUAAACACAAUAACUAGAGAGCUGGUUUGCGAACAUGAAAUCCGUAAUAUCCACUGCGCGUGUCAAGACGCUGACGAUCUCACCCACUUCGCUUACAUCACCAAAGACCACACCACCAGGAGCCACUAUUGCCAUGUCUUCAGAGUCGCCACUAUGGAUCAAGCGACAGAAGUCAUACUGACACUAGGCGAGGCCUUCGAGGUGGCGUAUCAGAUGGCACUACGGGAACAAGCGAACAGAGUGAGAAUUCCUCAAGCCGUGGCGAAGACGCCGACCCACGACCCCACCACUACCACGAACAAAGAGAAACCAAACGUCAACCACGGCAGGUCACAUUCCAUAACCGAAAUAAAGCUAAACGGACACCAACUGAAGAUCGCUCCGAUACCCGCGUCGCUGUCGAACGAAGAUUUCCAAUGUUCCAAGAACGACGGCUCGAGGAGUCCGCGGGCGGCGCUCCUCAAGGCGCCCAUCGCGUCCACCGAGGAGUUGUGAAAGGAGAGGUAACGAUCGCUAGUGAUAGUGUAGAAUUUGAAUAUUGAAGUGAAAAAUUCUUUAAUGUUUCAUGAAUGUUUACCAAAAAUUUCGGAACCGAACCGUUCCUCGUAGCGUAUUUAGCAGAUGUUGUUGAAAACUUAAAUUCUUAAAAUGAAUUUUCUGUUGAUGUUUAAACUAAAAUUAAAUAGAUUAAUGAUUCCGUUGAAGCGAAACGGAGUUCGAAUGACGUUUCGAUCAUUUCCAGAAGCUUCUAAUCGAAAACUAAGUAUGAUAUUACGAUAGCUAAAUUGUAUCAAUUGCAAAAUACUGUUAUGAGAUUAUUCUGUAUAUCUCGGAUACCGUUACUGACGUGUGUGUCGCAUAAAGGCCUAAAAAAUUGGCUUAAAAUUUUUCGACUCCCUAAUUUGUCUUCCGAUUUCGUUCAAUCGAUUUCGAUAUAUCGAUAUAUUCUCGAAUAGCGAAACAAACCAACUUAACUUUUGGUUUUUAUUGUUGUAAUAUUUUUAGUGUUUAAUGUAAGUUAUAUUGGGAUUUCGACACUGCUUUUAUGGACCGCGUCCUUAUUCACGGACAUUUUGUAUUUUGUACUAUAUUAGGUAAAUCACUGGGGUUUUUUGCUAUCGAAUAGUGAAAAACUAGCGGCUGUUAUAUUUAUAGUAGUUUUUAUUGUAUAUUUUUGUUUAUUAAAAUGUUUCUCUAGUGAUGGUAUUGGUUCAUUAACUGCAGCUAUUUCAACGUUUUUUGGUCCAAGUAAAGUUAAUAAUCGUAUUAUUUGUAUUUUAGUGUUUAAGGUGAUAUCAUAUCGGCUUUGUUAUUUAUAUCGGCAAUCGUGUUGAUCGAAUAUUAUAUUUAUUUAUAUAUUGAAUAAAUGCUCUCGAUAAAAGCACAAAUGUCACGAAUUGGAAUUAGGUAUUUAUAUAUAGCCUUGCAUUGAUUCUUACUGGGUAUAUAACUUAUAAAACAUGGCAUAUGAUGGGUGUAUCAUCACCAUCAAGUCUAGUUUUUAAAUAUCAUGUUAUUGAAAAUCUAUACUCGAAAUCUAUUAAAUUCCAUGUCUUCUAAUAUCUUAAACCUAGUGAAAGAUUUAAAAAGAAAUUUAUUAAUUCGAUAAAUCGUCUGAUACACAUACUGGCCUAAUAUAAUCUUCUUAUUAUAUAUAUAACGUUAACAAUAAUUCAAAUUAUUGUAUAUAAGUAUUAGUAAACGUGUGCAUAGAAUUUAAACAGUGGGUUGUUCGACACAUAUUAAAAAAAUAUUCAUUUAACGUAUAGUACAUAAAACAUAUCAUACCAUUGUUAUAUAAUUCAAUAAAACGAUCGAAACUCCACUAUCCGGGGUAUAUAUAAACAGAUCAUCUCUAGAAGUACAGGUGAUAAUAUCGUUUGUACUUCUGAACGAUGUACUAAUGUUACUUCUACGUGUUUUACUUCUAGUUAUAUUGUGAGGUUAUAAGUGAGUUGCGUAUUGUCUUAUAAAUGACAAAAAAAAAAAAUAACGUCUUUGACUUUUUGAAUGUUUUCUCAACAAUGAUUGCAACAGUUUUGCUCAAAAUAAUCUGUUAAUGUAAAUGAAAUUUCGUUUUGGUAUUGUUGUCAUUAUAAUGAUGUAUUUUUGUUGAUAUGAUUUGAAUUCAAGUUAUUUGUACACCAUGUGAUAUGACAUAGUAAAUGAAAUAAUUAAAAAACAUAGUUUUUUUCAUUGAGAACUCUUUGUCCUUCGCUUAUAUAUUUAAAUUAUAUGUAGCGCAGCUUUUUAUAUAGUAAUAAUACUAAAGUUUUAAUGCUAUUUAAGAUUUUCAAUGUAUUGAUAUAUAAUUUACAAAUUGUAUCUAUCGAUGUUGGGUAUGACGUAGAAUAUGAUAUUUAUAUUAUAGUAAUAUUAUAUUAUAAUGCAAAUACGAAUUGUGCCAAAACGCAAUAAUACAGGUAAGAUACGCCAAUAUCCAUUGAACAGUUAUUUUUUUAUGGAACAAAAAAAGUAAUAUAGAACAUUCUCGAACAAUUAUUUCGAAUGUUAUUCCUUUUUAAAAUGAACUUUUGAAUUUUUUUUUUUUUAAAUUAGACAAUGGUAAUAUUUGAGGAGUGUUCUUUUUUUAAAUAUCAAUUAAUGACAAUACAUGUUAUUUUUUUAAUGUAGUCAAAUUAUUUAUUGACAGACGUUUUUGAUACAUUAUAACCGAAACAGACUCUAAUAAUUUUUAUAGUGUUCGAUUAUAAAAAAAUAUGUACUUAUGAUUGUAAUAGCUCAUAUACAUUCAAAUAUAAUGUAGAGAUAAUUUUAGUAGAUAUUUUAUUAAAAAAAAAUGUAUACCAAAGAUUUAUAGAAUACAUUAUAUAAUAGUUAGUAUAUUAUAUCGCAUUAAAUAUGGUUUGUUAUGAUACUAUUGUAAUUUGCAAAUGAAACACUGCCGUCAAAACGAAGUUUUCUCAUUAAGUAGUUUGUGUAAUUUUAUAUAUUUAUAUUGUGUAAAUAUUAUUUCAUAAAUAACUUAUUUAAAUUUAAAAAAGAUAUAUAUAUAUAUCUGCUAUAUAAUUUAUCACGAAACCGUAUUUAUUAUUAUAUACAAACUGCAUGCUUUUAAAUAUUUUAACUAUUCCUCCUUGAAACUCGCUUCUAAGUACCUUGAUAUAUGAUUAUAGAUAAAGUAUAUUGGUUGUUUACCUAUCUUUUAUUUAUAGUAGAUCUACUAUUCUACACUAUAUUAGCUGAAAUUAUCCAAAUGAGUAUCUAUUGUACAUAAAAAUGCUCAUAAUAAACGAUUAAAUAUA